AGCCACGAACACUUGGCCUUGUUACCAUGGCAACCAGUUGGGACUUCAGCUGCUGCUAGCUGCGAAGAGUAGCGCACUCGUGAAUAUAAACUAUGAUAAGACGUAUCUGCCUUGAGUGUAAAAGAAGGACUGUAACCCUGACCCUAAUACAGUAAUGCGCACGUGAGAGAAUAAACUUCGCUUUUUAAUCGAAUACAAGGUGCUGUAUUAUUUGAUAUGAUAUCAGAUGAGACUGCAGGUCUCAUGAACAAUCACGGUGAUUCACAUCAACGACAGAAACACCUAAUGCUGUCUCACUGCCUCAGUGAUAUGCUCAAAGUCGGUAGCUCUGCACCAGACAUGGCAGGGGACAAGAAAGUGUUGAAUAUAAGUCCCCUGGCUGCAGAUGAGGAAACCAAAAUUGAAGAUGAAAGGGAAAACUGGAAGAAUCCGCUUCAGUUCAUCUUCUAUUGUCUAGGAUACGCUGUCGGAUUCGGAAACGUGUGGAGGUUUCCUUAUCUGUGCUACAAAAAUGGAGGAGCCGCCUUUCUGAUCCCUUACCUGACGAUGCUUUUCCUGGCCGGAAUCCCUGUCUUCUUCAUGGAGCUAAGCAUCGGCCAGUAUAUCAGUCUGGGGCCAGCAGUUCUUUUCCCCAAGCUGGCACCUAUCUUUUCCGGUCUCGGCUGGGGUGUGGUUUCCAUCGCCUUCUUCACAGCCAUAUAUUUCAACGUGAUUCUGGCUUGGUCUUUCUUCUACAUGAUCUUCUCAUUCUACUCUGUCCUUCCCUGGAGUCAUUGUGAUAAUGAAUUCAAUAGCCCAGGAUGCUACUACGAAGAAGGCGCCGCUUUGUGCAGAAACCAGAGUCUCUUCUUCUUCAAUCAGUCAUGUUUAUCCCUGGAGGAUUACUGCGGCCUGGCAGACUUGAUCCCAUUUAACCAGACUCACUGCCAGAACUAUGCCAACACUUCCUUAACGUCCGCUGAGAAAGUAAUCACCAAGAUUUCAGCAAGUGAGGACUUUUUCAGGAAUCGUAUGCUGCGGGUGACUGGUACCACGUGGGAGGACAUGGGCGAUAUGCAAUGGGAGCUAGUGGGCUUAAUGGCGUUGGCUUGGUUGAUCGUUGGCACUUGUCUUGCCCGAGGAAUUAGAACUACUGGAAACAUCGUCUACUUCACCGCGCUCUUCCCUUAUGCUGUGAUGAUCAUCCUUUUCAUCAGGGGAAUUACCCUAGAAGGGGCAUACAGGGGCUUAGAGUUCUACAUCCUCAAGCCAAACGUGACCCGCCUGAUGGAGAUAGAGGUGUGGUCUGAAGCGGCUGUCCAAAUCUUCUUCUCUUUGGGCGUCUGCUUCGGCUCUCUUAUUACUCUUUCUUCCUACAAUAAAUUCACCAACAACUGCAUGAGGGAUGCGUUUGCGGUCGCUCUUGGCAAUUGUUCAACGUCCGUCUUCAUUGGGCUGGUUAUAUUCUCUGUGUUGGGCUUCCUGGCCAAUGAAAUGGGUGUCGAGGUCAACGAGGUGGCGGCAUCGGGCUCAGGGUUGGCCUUCGUGGUGUAUCCAGCUGCUAUAAGCCUCAUGCCUGUCCCACAACUAUGGUCUGUUCUGUUCUUCCUCAUGCUCAUCACCAUCGGUUUCGGUUCCCAGUUCACCAUGGUGGAGACUGUUACAACUGCAAUCGUCGACCAAUUCGAAUCAUUAAGGAAGACGAAGGCAAUGGUUGUGAUGUGGACGUGUAUCUUCCUCUUCUUGAUGGGACUGCCAAUGUGCCUUCAGGGAGGGAUCUACAUGCUAGAGCUGUUGGCGUUCUACUCGGCGGGUGUGAGUCUUCUCAUCCUUUGUCUUUUCCAAAUGAUCGGCGUCAUGGGCAUUUUCGGUGUCCGCAAUAUGUUCAAGGCGGUCGAGGAAAUGAAAAUGAGAGUCAGGUUGCCUCUACGUAUCUACUGGGGAGUCACUUGGCUUUGCAUCACUCCUACUGCUCUCAUCCUCAUCACGGCGAUCUCCUUCACUGACAUCGUCCCAGCCUCCUGGGAAGGCUACGUGUUCCCGGACGCCAUACAGCUGCUCGGCUGGUUGGUGUGCUGCUGCCCUCUCGUCUGCGUUAUCGGCGGCGCCGUUUAUGUAAUGAUAGCUAACAAGGGAAUGUUCCUGACUCUCUUCAAGAUCACGCCUGAGUUUUGUCCAGCAAGUCAGAGAGGGAAGCAAGAGGAGAUGAACGCAAAGUUUCGUCUCUUGCCAAGGUGUAACGCUGUACCACGCAGAGGACAUCCGUUGUUCCGUACGCGCCACACCCUUCUCCAGAACUCUGUACAUAUAUGUAAAUAUACAUAUUUUUAUACGUUCACCUUUGACGUUCACCUGAAAACCACAAAAAACUCACCACGAGUGAUCUACUACAUAAAGUUGUUCGGAAAGGGAGACGUUCAGUAACCAAGGUUCCACUGUAACUGAAAAGUGCAACGACGACCCAAAACUAUUCUAGAUUUAUAAAUGGAAAAAUUAAAUUAAAAGAAAAAAAAAGAAAAAAGAAACAAAGAUUGAUGGAUGGAAAUGAAAUAUAUGAAGAGCCAAAAGACAUGAGUGAAUUGCUAAAUAAAAAGUUUCAACAAGUUUUCACAGAAAAAUCAAAGUUUAAAAACCACGAGACGAGAAGACAAAAACAGCAAAUGAGAGAAAUUAUAGUAAUUAAAGAAGUUUGCAAAAUGAUGGAGGAACUGGAAGAGAAGAAAGCAACAGGACCAGAUGGAGUAUAAGGAUUCA